AUGGGGCAUCCAUUGUGCUGCUAUGUGGUGAAAGCCACACUGAAAUUUUCAACUACAGCAAAAAAUCCUGGUCGGCCAUUCUUAGGAUGUCCAAAGUACAACACAGAGGGAUUACCCUUCUGCAAGUUUCUCCAGUGGGCAGAUAGUAAUCAAGUGACUGAGCUCCAUCUUCAAGAAAGAAUCAAUGACCUGUUACAGAGGGAGAAAGAUCUCUCAAAAAUAGUUGACCUUCUCAAAAAAAGGAAGAUUGACCUGCGUAAGAUGGUGGAUCAGCUUGAGAAGGAGUUGCUGAGGCAGACACAAGAACCUGAUAUUAAGUGGGAGCAGAAACUGGGAAAACAGUUUAGUGGGAUUGCAUUAGUGAUGUUGCAAGAGCAAGUUGCCAAUCCAUACCAAGUUAUCAAAGAGGCCUCUCGUAGCACUCCCUACCAAUAUUGUAGAAAAGGUUGA